CGGAAGUUUCAUUAAACAUGGCGGAUGCAGAUCUACAGAGACGUGAUGGAACAAGAAUAUGUGUUGGAAACCGCAUUCUUAGUGAUGGCAGCUUUGGUACAGUGAAAUAUAUUGGUCAAGUACCCCCAACCAAAGGUAUAUGGCUGGGUGUGGACUGGGAUGAGCCAGACAGAGGCAAACACAAUGGAACACAUGAAGGGAAACAAUAUUUUGAAACAAGAAAUCCCAAGUCAGGGUCCUUUCUGAGACCAAAGAAAGCCGAGUUUGGUGUGUCAUGUUUUGAAUCGCUGAAAGACCGCUACGGCUUGAUCGAGGGAGAGGAUGCGGGGGUGGUCACAGAUGAGUUGUUUAUCCUCGGAUCCAACAAGAAGGCGACAGUUGUGGAGAUGGUCGGUGCUAAGCAAGUUAAUCAAAGACAAAGCAAGCUGGAGACCCUGAAGGACAUAGGACUGAGAGAUUGUCUUGUGUAUGGAAAUGGCCCUGGCUGUCAGCUGAAGGAAUACACCCCCAACAUCACGGAACUGAAUCUGUCGAAGAACCUCAUCCCUUCAUGGGAUGAUGUGGCCAGGAUAGCAGAACAGCUGCCCCUGCUCCAUAGCCUCAAUGUCAGUGACAACUGUUUAGCUAUACCAGACAACCUGGAUGCCUUGCGACCAAGUUUUGCCAAAGUUCAGUUCCUUUUCCUCAACCGGAUGCAGUACAGCUGGGAACAGAUCUUGAGGUGCAGUACCAUGUUCCCGUGUCUGGAGCAGCUCCACGUCUGUUUCAACAAUCUUCAGUCUCUCUCCAUCCCUGCACAGUCUCAUCUGCCUCAUCUUACUCUGCUAAACCUGGACUGCAAUGACCUGCACAGCUGGGAGGAAAUACUCAAAGUCGGGAUGCUUCCAAACCUGAAGACUUUGAUGGCCAGUGAGAACAACAUUGACAGGAUCCAAUUUGCUGAUGUUCAAUUAUUAGAAACGACAAAAUACUUUCCAAAACUUUGUGUUUUGUCAAUCAUGAGGAACAAGAUUGGUGAUUGGACAUCUAUGAAUGAGCUAGGUAAGCUGGCCACACUGUCGGAUCUGAAGCUACAGGGUAACCCGAUUUGGCAACUGAUGGACGAUAAUUCUGUCAGGCAGCUCAUCAUUGCCAAAAUAAAAACGUUGCUGUCAUGCAAUAACUCAAAGCUGACACUAGAGGAAAGGAAGGGUGCAGAGAUCGACUAUCUGAAGAAGUUUGGCCAGGACUGGAAGAAAUCUGACGGUAACCAGGAUCCUUCGAAGAACAAGCCAAGUCAGGAGUUUGUCACAGAACACCCUCGAUACCAGCAAUUUAUAGACGACUGGGGUGCUCCUGAAGACUCAGAAUUAGAAGUGAAGUCUAAUGCCCUGAAGGACAACCUGCUGAGUGUUAUCCUGUCGUGUCCUCAGAAGUCGGAGAAAGGUCAGAUUACAAAGAAACUGCCAAAGACCAUGUCCGUACAGAAGGUCAAGACGUUGGUCCAGCGGUUGUUUCGGGUGGAGACGGGAGACAUCAUCCUCACCUACAAGAGUCAGGAGGUUGAGGAUGCUGAAUUUCCAAUUGACAAUGAUCUUCGAGUACUGUCUUUUUACUCCUUGGAAAAUGGGGAUACUAUACUUGUGAGGUGGAAGUAGGCCUUCCAGAAGAUCCAUGUUGCUAUCUACACCACUGUCAAAUACACUUGAAAUAAUAGCAUUGUAAAUACACUUUAAUUAUACUUGAAAAUUUUGUACAAUUUAUAUAAUUGACAAUCACAAUUGUAAGAAAGUUUUCAAAAUGACACUAAGUACACAGGGUUUCAGUCUUCUGUCAAAAACAAUAAAACUGUUUUUGAAAAACCUUUUGUACCGAGAGAUGCCAACCUCUAUGAUUUUAUUGUAGUCGCUAUGGAUUUUAGCCUCAAACUACGCCAAUACGAUUGCACUAGAAAUUCUACGAUAUUUGAAGAAAAUUCAUUAAAAUUCGGAUAUAUAGACAAAAACAUAUAUCUUCGUCGAUAAAAUACAUUUUCGCCAUAAAGAGAUGACAAUAAGAAAUGUAAUGCUGAUAAUUUGGAAAUCUGCUGUUGGAGGUAUGUGAAAUUAAAGCUUACUCUAGAUUAGUGUCAUAUUAUUUUUCUCAGAAUCCAUCAUGAUUUUAAGUGAUUAGUUAACUACUAAUUUUAUGUUCAAACUAUUAAAUUUGGUCCUUGAAACUUUUAUCUGCAACACUUUGGGGUUGGCAUCUCUGUGUACCUCACCUUUAUCUGCGUUUCUAAUGUGAAGUUCCAACCCAUUUAAUCCUGAUUACUCUACUGAUUAUGUGUGUGCCAACUACCAAUGCUGUGAAACAGACAGGGCCUUCCAUUAUAAAGGCAAUGUCGAGCAGCUGUAGAUUAUGUGUUCUGAAAUGAUAUAUAUUUCUUGUGAUAUUUUGAUAUAUAUCACUAGUACAGUUAUGCAUGUACACAUCUGUCAAAA